UCUCCAAUUUAACCAAUCUUACUAUAUACCAUCUAUCCCAUAUUUAACCAAUCUUAUUAUAUACCAUCUAUCCCAUAUUUAACCAAUCUUUGGUCCAAAAAUUUGUUGUUCUUUGUUCCCACAUCCACCAACUCUCCCAUCACAUAUCUAUCUUAAAUGUCAGUUUCAGUACCAUGGGUGCAGGGAUUGGCCUUGUCUCGGUGACCCAGAUUCGAAAUUUGUCAAAAUCCCAGCACCAUCAAAAUCAAAACCAACAACAACAACAAAAAACCCUAACUCCACCUCUCAUCUUCCUACACCCUCAUCAUCAACAACCUGUUGGAUGUGGAAUCCUAGGGACCAUGAAGAUCAAGAUGAGUCCUGGGAGGUCAGAGCCUUCGCAGAAGACACAAGUAACAUGAUGGGCACCACCUGGCCUCCUAGAUUCUACUACUGCAGCUUCUGUAGAAGGGAGUUCCGUUCAGCACAAGCCCUUGGCGGCCACAUGAACGUUCACCGCCGCGACCGCGCUCGCCUCCACCAAGCUUCAGUAGUACCCCACAACAACAACAAUAGCAAUAAUAGCAACAUCAACCCCAUCUCCUCUUUUUCUAACACACCCUCUUUUCUCAACAUCUCUCAUCAUCAUCAGGACCCUUUUGUUGCAAAUGGGGGCUUGUGCCGAUUGUACCCCUUUCCAAGCCCUAAUAACAACAACAAUGAUCCAUUUUCCUCUCUUGCCCACAACAAUAAUGCAUGCGGUGACUUACCUUCCACUGUUUUUUCAGUUUCUUCUUCUCAUUCCCAAUAUUCAUCCCUUCAGUACCCUCCAAUGAGGGUGCCUAGUUGCUCAGCUACUUCCUUUGAUUUCUCGGUGGCUCAACCUGCUGCUGCUUCAGGGAGGAAUAAUGUUUUCUCUUCUUCUUAUUCUGGGAAAGUGGAACAAGAACCCAUAAUCUCCUCUUCCACACAUCAUGGCCUCCACCAUGCGGAGCUUGAGCUCCGCUUGGGAAAUAAAUCAACAUCAACCUGAUGUGAAAAUAUGAUUUGUUUAUUGUUUUUGUGAAAACCACCAUAUAUAUGGGUUGCCUGGGAGGAAAGAUCAAAGUCCAAACUCCAAAGAAAAGAGAAGAGGACUAAUGUUUCUUUUUUAUUGUCAAAUGUUAGUUUUUUGUUAGAAGAAAAAUCAAUUCCUUUUUUUCUUCCUUAACUAUUUAACCCAGUUUAUAUAUAUCUCCAACAAGAGAGCUACACUGUUUGGUCUUUUCGGCAGUGGAGGGAGAGAGGAUCUCAGUUCUUGGUUGAUUGAUUUUGUUAGUCAUGGUUGUUCUGUAAAAGGUGCACCUGGAGGAGCAAUAUUUGGUGGGAAGAGAUAGUGAAGGAGAGAAAGGAGAAAGGUGCACUGGGGGGAGACAGUAAAGAAGAUAAAGGAGAAAAUAAGGCAUAUGUGAUAGGGAGAAUGUAAGUAUUAUUUUUUAAAAGAAAUUACCAAAAAAUUAUGUGAAAGAAAGAUUAGGGUUUGAGGGAGACACUGAACAAAGCUUGUAGUGGAGUGUCAUUUUCAGUUUCAGAAAUGUCUCGGUACAUAUAUACGUCUACCUGCACAUAAGCCUUUGAGGGUUUUUUUUAUAUUUUUUUUUUACAUAAUUUGAUGAAA